GAAGCAGCUUAAGGAACAGUUUAUGAGCUGUUGGAGGCAGUAAUCUGCAGCUACCCACACCUGGCACAUUGUAGGAUUAUACAGAGAGAAGCCAGAAAGAAGAGACAAAGGUAAAAAGUAGGAAGAUACUGUAGUCCUAACCAGAGCAACCUUACAACAAUAUCUGGCAACCAGCUAGUAAGAGCACCACCCUUUUUGGGGCUCUGGGUGGAUCUAACUUGCUUGGGACAUUUACAGAGAAAAGGGACCUGGAAUUUUACCUAUUCCAUUCAUUUGCCUCUGUUAUUUCUGCUCCUGAGCCUGACUUCAUAACUGACUCAGCCAAAGACAGAAGCAGGUUUUGCUUUUGCAAUCCAAGUGCUGUAAUGUGAAACUGAGCUGCACUUGUUCUGAGAGCCAGCAACGAGUCAGACAGUGAGAGAGAGAGAGAGAGAGAGAGAGAGAGAGAGAGAGAGAGAGAGAGAGAGAGAGAGACUGAGACAGAGAGAGAGAGAGAGAGAGAGAGAGAGACUGAGACAGAGAGAGAGAGAGAGAGAGACUGAGAUAGACAGAGAGAGAGAGAGAGAGAGAGAGAGCUCGACCUGAGGACUACCACACUGAAACCUGCGGAGAGUCCUCCACAGCUGGACACCACAGACACCACUGCAGACUGAUCCGGACCAGAGCCCUGGUCGCACACCACAAGACGCAGCAGCUCUCCUCCUGUCCGGUCACUUCACAUGCCUGGCAGAACUUUGGAUGCGGGUGGCGCUAUCUAGUGAGUGCAGCGUACAGGUUACAUCGCUUUAUAGGAAGCAUGCUGCACAGACACCUCCAGACUGUGGAUUAAACAGCACACAGGAACUAACCCAACAAUGGCGCCCCUCUUAAAUGGAAUGUGGUGUAGUCACUGGAAAAGGAAGAUGCAGCACAUGUUGUAUUUUAUUGCUGUUUAUGUUGCUUGUGUCCCACAUACUGUAUUAUGCUGUGCAAACUGCAAGUUAGUGCUGACUGCUCCUACUGGAUAUUUCACCUCUCCAUGCUACCCUGAUCUGUAUCCCAACAGCCAAGAUUGCAAGUGGACAUUACUUGCUCCAGUUGGAUUUAUCAUUCAAGUGACAUUUGAUGACUUUGAUGUUGAAGAAGCUCAGAACUGCAUGUACGAUUCACUGUCAAUAAACAAUGGAGAGACCACCUCAAAAUUUUGUGGAAUCACAGCAAAAGGCCUCUCAUUUCAUUCAACUGGAAAAGAGAUGAUAAUAACUUUUGUCAGUGACUUUAGUAUCCAGAAAAAAGGUUUUAAAGUAACGUAUAGCCAUGUGGCUGUGUCGUUAAUAAACCAACAAGUAAUUGUUCCGCAGAACCAAAGUGACGGUAUUAUAUCAGUCUCAUCUAAAGUUUCUUUUCCUGCUUUAACUGAACUAACGGUAUGCUUUGAAGCUACCAAGACCAGUAACAGUUCUGGGAACUGGGCAGUUUUUUCAUACAAAAGUUCUAGCACCGAUCUCUUGAGCUUUGGAAAAAAUGCUAAUGCAUAUAUUUUGUCUAUCCUGGGUGUUCCAUGCAUACUUGAUUCUGCCUUACCUUUUCACGGCCAUAAAGAGUUCUUUACAACGUCAUUUCAACAACUGUGCAUUAUCUGGAGCAACCAUUCAGAGCAUAUAUUUGUGAGUACCAAAAACAAAUAUGGACAUGUCUCCUGUCCAGAUGCAAAGGACCUUACUAUUCCUGGUAACGGGAAUUUCAUAUUAGGCUCAUAUAAUUCAAAAAUGGGACCACUGGAGGGGGAUAUUUACAACUUCCGCCUCUGGGACACUGCAAUGGAUUCAAGCGCUCUUGCAAACCUCAGCUGCGAUGUAAAAGGGAAUGUUAUAAAUUGGGAAAAUGAUUUUUGGAGCAUCCCGUCAUCGGCAAGGAAACCGGGCAACAAACUUAGUUGUGGUACUUCUUUGCCAACAACCCCUAUGUCUGAGCCAACUACCUGUGAGAAGCUGGCAGGUGUUUGUCAAGCAGCUACAGUAACAUCCACUGCAACUUCAUCAUCCACUGUCACUUCAUCAUCUACUGUAACUCGAUCAACCACUGCAAUUCCAUUUUUUACUGUAACUCCAUCAUCUACUGUAACUCGAUCAACCACUUUAACUCCAUCAUCUACUUUAACUCGAUCAAUCAUUGUUAUUCAGUCAUCUACUGUAACUCAUUCAACCACUGUAACUCCAUCAUCUACUGUAACUCAAUCAACCACUGUAACUCCAUCACCUACUGUUAUUCCAUCAUCUACUGUAACUCGAUCAACAACUAUAACUCCCUUAUCUACUGAAACUCAAUCAACCACUGUACCUCCAUCAUCUCCACCACCUUCCAUCACUUCAUCAUCUACUGUAAUCCCUUCAUCUACUGUAAAUCCUUCAUCACCUAGUGUUCCUGCUUCAACAACCACUGCUGUCAUCACUAGCAUGCAUGGUUUUCAUACUGCCAGUGUCACAUAUGCUACUGUAACUCCUACUUUACCACCUGCUUUGAUCACUACUAACAUAAUAACCACAUAUAGCCCAGUACCUGCUACUAUAACUACUUCACCAUCUACUAUGAUAACUACUAACAUGACUACUAACAGCAUCGAUAACACAGCACCGGGCGGAACAUUUUACAGGAUUUCCAUUACUGUUACUACUAAUAAUCUUAAUGAUGAAUCGAAAGUUCAAAUUAUGGUCACUAACUGGCUAAACGUCACGUUCCGGGACUGGAAUUACACAGUGUUUGUUGUAAAUAUUAGUGUUCAGAUGGUAAAUAACCGGCAUACCAGAGAUUUGCGAACAAUCAUCAAUAAGAGCUCACAGAUGAAUCUUGGAAGAUAUGCUAGGGAUGUGACAAAUCAAAGCUAUAAUAUAUGGGCUCUUUUGGUGUAUAACAACAGUUAUAACAUUACAUUAGAAAAAGAUGAUAUUAUAAAAAAGAUUAAUGGAAGUCAACCGAAUGACCUGACUGUUCAAUAUGUCAAUGUUGAUCCAGUUGAAUUCUGCCCAGCUGAAGAAAACCCAGCCAGCUACUUGUGGCCUGAUACAAAACCAUAUGUGACAAUGACAAUACCAUGUUUAACAAGUCCUGCAUACACUGCUUCAAGGAAAUGCCAUUUACAUCAGAACUAUACCUCUUAUUGGGGGGAUCCAGAUUUGAAUGACUGCACAGAUAAUGCUGAAGAAUUAAAUCAAUUGUUGAAUUUCACUGGGAGUGGUCAGAUGACGCAGGAGAAAGUUGAUGAUGUUGUCCAGAGACUGAAAAAAAUAGUUCAAGAUGCAAACAUCAAUGCUGAGCUGGGGACAACUGUUGUAAAUGUGUUUUCCAAUAUCUUAAAUAGUUCAGACAGCAUAUUAGCAAAGUCAUCUUCUGAAGCACUCAAAACAAUAGAAGCCUUGGCCUUAAAGAUUCAAUUUUCAGGCCCGUCUGUCAGCAUUGUGUCACAUAACUUGUGUCUUGGAGUUUCUAAAGUAAAUACUACCUCAUACAAUGGUUCCACCUUCAGCGUGGGGGCUCAAGGCAAUAAUUCCGAAUUUGAGCUUGAAUUGAGCAAAAGUCAGGAUAAUCCUUUGGCUUCUGUUGUCCUUCCACCCAGCCUUUUGUCCAACUUAAGUCAAAGUGAUUACUACACAGUUUCAAGAGCACAGUUCACUUUCUUCAGUAAAGCUGGACUUUUUCAGGAUUCACAGAUGAAUAGUUUAAAUAAAACAAAACUGAACAGUUAUGUUGUGGCUUGCAGCAUUGGAAAUAUCACUAUUCGUGACCUUUCAGAACCAGUCAAGAUUACAGUUAGGCACCGGAACAGCCAGGAAAAUGGAGAACCAACUUGUGUUUACUGGGAUACAACAAAAAAUGCUGGCAAUGGUGGAUGGAGCCAAGAUGGAUGCAGUGUGCUGGUUAAUGAAUCCAAUGCUAACGAGACAGUUUGCUUGUGCAAUCACCUCACAAAUUUUGGCAUACUGAUGGACCUCCAAAGAACUGAUCAAUAUAUCGACAAACAAAAUGAUCAAAUCCUUACUUUUAUAACAUAUGUUGGCUGUGGGAUAUCUGCCAUAUGUACAGCUGCCACACUUUUGACUUACAUUGCAUUUGAAAAAAUAAGACGUGAUUAUCCUUCAAAGAUCCUGAUGAACCUGAGUACCGCCUUGCUGUUCCUGAACCUGUUCUUCCUCCUGGAUAGCUGGCUUGCUUCCUUCGCCAUUAAUGAGCUCUGCAUAGCAGUGGCAGCUUUGCUGCAUUUCUUUCUCUUGUCUACGUUCACAUGGAUGGGACUAGAGGCCGUGCACAUGUAUAUUGCACUAGUAAAAGUGUUCAAUACAUACAUUCGGAGAUAUAUAUUGAAAUUCUGCAUUAUUGGUUGGGGUGUACCUGCUGUAGUGGUUGCGAUCGUCUUGGCAAGUACACAUAGUGACAGUGCCUAUGGGACAGGCUAUUAUGGACAGGAUUCCAGUGGGAGUGGUGAUGCAUUCUGCUGGAUAAGAAACAACACCGUUUUCUAUGUUACCUGUGCUGCUUACUUUGGAGUUAUGUUCCUGAUGAAUGUGGCUAUGUUCAUUGUGGUGAUGGUACAGAUCUGUGGUAGAAAUGGAAAGAGGACCAAUCGUAGUAUUCGAGAAGAGGUGUUGCGGAACCUGCGUAGUGUUGUCAGUCUCACCUUUCUCCUGGGAAUGACAUGGGGAUUUGCUUUCUUUGCUUGGGGCCAAGCUACUCUUGCGUUCCUGUACCUGUUCACUAUUUUCAACUCCCUGCAAGGUUUGUUUAUAUUUGUUUUCCACUGUGCAUUAAAAGAAAAUGUACAAAAGCAAUGGAGGCGACAUCUGUGCUGUGGGAAACUGCGAUUGCCAGAUAAUUCAGAUUGGAGUAAAACUGCCACUAACAACACAAAGAAGGUCAGCUCAGAUAAUCUGGGGAAAUCCCUUUCCUCUAGCUCCAUAGGCUCAAAUUCUACUUACUGGACAUCUAAAUCAAAGUCAAGUUCCAAUCCAUUUUUUAAAAGGAACAGUAGCACAGGUUACAUUUUUGGGGACAGACCCUCUGUCAAGUUUACACCAGUAGAUGGUGAACAGACAUCAAUUCUUCCAGUUCAUCAUGUCAUUGACAAAGUCAAGGGCUAUUGCCAUCCCCACUCGGACAACUUUUAUAAAAACAUCAUCAUGUCAGAUUCCUUUAGCCACAGUACUAAGUUCUAAUCCUAAAAAGGGAAAAGCAGUGUUGUUAUAUUGGAAUGCUAGCUGAUAACCAAAUAAAGCACAAAACUUAAUUGUAAUCACAUACAUAAUACAAAUGUUCUUAGAAUAACACCUACAGUAAAGGACAUGAAUGAAGGGACAUUUCACAAAACUUUCCAUUGGAUGACUGUGAAGUUUGUGGGAUAUAUUAAAUUUCCAUGACUUACUCAGCAAGUCUGUUUCCUGGAAUUGGAAGAUCUAUGACUCCAAAAACAAAGACUAAAUCAGAACCAUAUACAGACCAUAUGCCUUAACCAAAUUGUCCUGAGCCAAUGCACCUCAUUUAAAAAGUGUAAAAGCGACUUUUUUCUAAUAAUGUAAUUGCUGCAAAGUGUAAAUGUUAGACUUUGCUUUAUAACUGUUCAACAUUAUUUAGUGGAAAAUCAAUGAAAAAAACUUUUGGCCAAAGUCUAACAACCAUCUAUUGUUCUUAUCUGUUCUGACUGCCCGUCCUCAUGUACUUAAUGCUCAUUUGCUCAUGCAGACUACUGUUACGUUACCUUUUAUUUUAUUUUUAAAAGUGUCCAUGCUGGAUUUCAACAUAUUGAUAAAAAAACAUCUUACAGUUCUACCUUGUUCAUAUGUAUUUUUGCAAUUAAGCCUUACAGAAUCCCUAUAUAGAAAUGUUUAUUUUAUCUCUAAAGUCCAAUGAAAGACAAAAAUAAUAGCACAGACUGCCUUUUGUUAUCUACAGUUAUAUUAAAGUAAUUAGAACACAGUGCCAACUGUUUUAUUUAAAGGUACAAUUAGCAUCCUAAAUGAAAUCAUACAGACAUGAAUAAAUGAUGCUGAACAAUAAAUUAAAAAUAUCACAAUAAAAUAUCAAGAUAACAUUCAAGAUAAUUACAGCAAAAUCACACAUAAUAAAAUUAUUUUUAUUAACACUAAUUUGUUAAAGGCAAAAUGUCUUACAUAAAAUGGUAGCUUUAAUAUUAUUAUUAAAUGCAUUAUCUUAGAUUGGACUUGCUUCACUAUUUCUGAAAUUGUAUUAUCUCCAUUCUCUCCUGCUAUUUGUUUAAUUUUUUCCCCCUAUUAUUUAUUUAUAUAUAUUUUUGGUUUAAUAUAACUGUGAAUAGCUAUGUAAAUUAACAAGACAAUACAAUUUGAGUUUAUGAUGCACUUUGGUAAAUAUAUAAUGCAAAAGAAAAUAUGUAGUAAUGAUUCACCCUUUGUUUCAUUUAGUCAUAAUUGUAUUAUUUUUACAUAUACCAUUUAAUAUAAUAUUUAAUAUUAGACAGCUGAUACUGUAAAUUGAAUGCAUUUGUCUUGGACAUAUUCCUUUGGUAAUAUGAUAUAUAGUAGGAAUAUCAGAAUAUUUAGCACUACCUUUUCUACAAUCAAGGACAUUUUAUUAACUGGAAGAAAACCCAAAUAUACAACUACAAAAGAAAUGUAAAUCACAAUCAAUUAUACAUUUUCAUCUACUGUACAGCUUUGCCAAAAUAGUGGGAUCAUUUUGGCUUUAUUUACCAUAAUUAUACAAAUCAUUGAAGCUUUUAUGACUUGAGUGCAACUUAUGAUUGAAAAUAAAUGUAUUGGCUGCUAAUUCCUGCAGUUCAUAAAAUACAAUUCACACUUUUUAGUAUGGAAAAUGAAUAUUGUGUCUCAAACAAUAUUUUUUCUCAGGCGUAAAAUGUAACAUCAGUUACUUAAUUUAGUCAUCAUUGCACUACUUUAAAAAGUUUAGGGCAUGCAAUUUCAUUAGUCAUAACCAUAAACUGAUAAUAUGAUCCUGUCUGUCCAUCUAUGUCUUUAUGGAGAUUAAUUAUUCAUUGCUCUUCCCUCUUUUCCUCACAUGGACAAAUUAGGAAAAUCCCUGGUUGUCCGAAAGGUUUUUAUUUAGGCUAACACUAACUUUCGCUGUGCAACAAAGCUCUUGACUGCACAGAAGAGCAUAAACAUGUUCUUGAUGUUUCCUGUAUUCUGAGCUCAGUUUGUGAUUUGGAACUGUGCAUGUUUGUUAGCUAUCACUCUUCAGAAAGUACUGCUUUCUGUAUUAAAACUAGUGUGCUUUGCAGCAAAGUCCAAGUCUCCUCUGAUGAAAACCAGAAGGCCCAUUACAUUUGGUACCCUAAAAGAGUGUGGAAAUUACCAAAGAAACAGUGGAAUCACUUCUCACGCUUAUCCUUACUUAUGUCAACGAAGCUUUAUUUCUUUUUUUAUAGAUAAAAUAUAAAACGGACAGUGGAUCAGGUGUCCCCUGAGCUCUGUGUAACCCAUUGUCUAAGACAGUGGUUUCCAAACUUUUUUGAAUCACGGCACCCUAGAAUAUCAGAAUUGUUUUCACGGCACCCCUAGGCCAAAAAUUUCUUAUUGAGAAAUUUAUAAAGAAAUAUUACAUUAAGUAGAUCGUGUUUAUAUGUCAUCUUUAGGGUCAGUUGUGUGGUGAGGGACAAGAUUUGCUUCUGUUUUGCCACAUAUUUUAUGACUGGCAGCCACCAGCACUGGUUUUGCCUAUUAUAUUGACCAUGAAUAAUUUGAAUUGGUCCUGGACCACCAACACAAGGCACCCCUGCAAGUGUCCCGAGGCACCCCAGGGAGCCACGGCACACAGUUUGGGAACCUCUGGUCUAACCUCUGGGAACCUCUGGUCUAAGAGGUUCUUCUUUUUUAUAGUUGCCAUGGAAACCCAGUUGUAUUAACAGUAGGCCUACUGGGACUUCCUCCAUCUGUGGUGUGACUAAGGAUAAGGUAAUAUCAAAGGGGGGGGGAAGGGGGUGGUGCAUUGCAGCUCUUCCCAAAUAGCAUUAGGUUACUACUACACAUUAUCUACUGCUGCAGAAAAGCAUGUGUUGGGAAUAGAUAAUGUCCACUUUGUGCAGAUCUGACCCCCAAAUAUACAAAGGAUAUUUUCUUAAAAUUUUUUGCUGAUUUUCAAUCGCAUUAACAUCUUUUUCAAAUAUUUUAAUUCCAUUAACAAUUGGAAUAUAUCUAUGGGGGGAAAAAACAAUAAGUGAAUAUCUUUAAUAACAAUAUAGUUCUUCCCUACCUAUGUAUAGGGUUAAGUCAUUGAUAAUCCAGAAAACCAGGCAUAACCAUGACCAUAGUCGCAUUAUACUGAACUGCAGUAACAUUUUCAAAUGACUUAUUAUUCUUUAUGUAUAUUUAACUACAGAAGUUAACUUGUAUACACCAAAAAUUUGUUCUAAACAGAUAAUGUGAAUGCCUCACUACUGUGUUAAUUACCAACCAUUAACCAUGCCCAUUAUGUGACAUCUGCCAAACAGCUUUACCUGAAAAUCAUAUUUCAAAGGAACAUGCAGUCACUUAAUGGCAAAAAGGGAAAGGAUGUGCAAAAUCAUUGUUACUUAAUAUCAGCAAAGUGUUAGCUGUACUUGUAUAUGUUGCUACAUUUUUAUAUUUUUUUCUUUUCCUUUUUUACUACCGUGUAGUAGAAUUUUAAUAACUUAAUGCCUCCCUUUUGUAAUAUCGUCUCUAUUAGUAAUAGUCAAAUACUUUUGAGCUUCCACACUUAUAAGUGUACUCGUUUCUCAUUGUACAGUAUAAUUAUUCUUUAGACUAUUAUUAACGUACUGUUUUACGGUAGCCACAUAGCCACAUUUACUGUGGCUAGUGUGGCCUGCCAUGUACAUAUUUAUUUAUUUGUUUGAAUGUGUGAAAUUAUGUUUGCUUCUCUAAGCUUCACAGUAUACAUAAUCGGUUUUAUGUUUGAGAAAUGGUUUAUACCACAUUUUGUCAUUUAGUUCAUUGGAUGUAUAACUUGUUCUUAACAGAAAUUGUUCAUAUUUUGAAAUAAACAUACAUUUCUCUAUU